CUGCUCCGCCGGCUAGGGUUUUGGUGAGUGCGCGCUUCUUUCUCAUUCUCGCGUCCGCCGCCGAGCCAAUCUCAGAAGGUGCGACCGGGAAGAACGCCGUUCUAAAAUGGGGAAGGGCACGGGGAGCUUCGGCAAGAGGAGGAACAAGACCCACACGCUCUGCGUGAGGUGUGGCCGCAGGAGCUUCCACCUCCAGAAGAGCCGUUGCGCCUCCUGUGGAUACCCCUCUGCGCGAAUCCGCAAGUAUAAUUGGAGUGUGAAGGCCAUAAGAAGAAAGACAACAGGCACAGGAAGGAUGAGGUAUCUUCGUCACUUGCCUCGAAGGUUCAAGAGCAAUUUCAGAGAAGGAACUGAAGCAACUCCAAGGAGGAGGGCUACAGCAGCGACAUCUUCUUAACGGGGUCAGAGAGCUGCUUCCAUUUGGAUGACAGUCACCAAGAAGCAUUUUGAUCAGUUCUGCUUGACCAGUUUUUUUUGUUUGUUUGAUUCUCGUUGAGUUACAUUUUAGCAAAUUUUUAUUACUGAGAAUCGAAGGACAUAAUUGUUUACAUGCUUAAUUUGGUUAAAGGCAGUUUGGUUAUCAGGAUGAACCAUUCAUCUGUUAUCAUUGGCUGUGUACUUUAGAGUCAAUUAAAUGGAUCUUACCGAGGAGCUGUAUCUUCUUCGUGGUUUGAGUUCUCACAUGCUGUUCUUCUUUAAAUGAGUUUCUGGUUGGCUA